GUGUAACACCUUCCGGUGUUUUCAAAGUUAGCCCAUCGUUAGCAUGGUUAGCAUUAGUUUGUAGUUUCAUUUUUAUAACCCGCCGUGAUGCCUGCUGAGAAUUUAAGAUGGGAAACUAUAGAGGCCUUAAAGAAGUCCACAAAGGCAAAGAUCGCGUUCGACCCGUACUGGUCAGAGAGAGGAGAGGACAUUUUAGCGGGAUGUAGAGAGGUCCUCAGCUUGUCCCCACGUUCUGGGGUCGUAUUGGAGCGCUUGGGUCCGUUGCCUUCACAGACGUCCAGAAGCUCUGUGGGCUUCAGCUCCGGAGACUCCAGCCCCGGCCUUUCCAAGAACUCAGCCUCAGCCUCGUCCUCGGGAUCCAUCCCCGACAUCAACGGGAGGAGCACCACGCUUUAUUCAGCGCCCCCUUUUAGGACAGAGAGCGAGGCUCCAAGUGAAGAUCUGAAGGAUGAAGACGCUGAUGUUAGUGAUGUUUCCAGUCCUGUUUCACUCCCGUCCAUUUCUCUCCUCUCACCCAAAGCCAUGGAGACGGCCGGGCAGAUUCUUAAAUUUGAGGAGCAGCAGCGAGAAAAGGCAAAGUUGGCACUCAAACUGCGGCAGGAGAUGCAGGAGAAGCUGGUGGCGGAGGUGGCGAGCUCCGAAUCGGAGCAGCUGAAACGCUUCGAGGAGUUCAUGGAGCUGAAACAGAGACAGGAGUACCAGAGCAUGAGGGACAUGAUGGACCGAGAAACCAAAGAGAGCAUCGGACGACAGGAGAAGCUGAAGGAGGAGCAGCGACACAGGAUGAAGAUCCUGAACCUGCGGCUGCGGGAGGCGGAGCAGCAGCGCCUGAAGGAGGCGGAGCUUGAGCGUCAGCGUCAGGCAGAAGGCAGGGAAAGGCUGAGAAGCCUGAACACCAUCCAGGAGGAGAUCCUGCAGCUGAACCAGCUGCUGGAUCCGACCAAACUGGCAGGAACCGACCUGCCGGCAGCCAGCAUCAGCUCUCUCAGCACCAGAGGGAACCAGCUGUGCUCGCAGGUGUCUGAGGUGGUCAGGAAGACGGCAGAGGGAGAGUUUCCCAGCGUGGACGACAUGACAGUGGCUGAGCGAGCCCUCCAUGAGAUGCGGGCUCUGAUCCGGCUGAUGCAGGAGGAGGUGGCCGAAGCUCAAGAGAAGAAGAAGAAGGAGCAGGAGGAGGAGGAGGAGCUGAGGAAGAAGAAGGCGCUGCAGGCACAGCAGGAAGCGCAGAAGAAAGCAGAGCAGUCAGCUAAAGAGAAGGCCCAGAGGAAAGGUCUGCAGAACAGCGCUGAGGACUCCACACUAAAAUGGUUUAAGGAGCUGCAGGAGUCGGCCAGUAAAUGCGCUCAGUCCUUCGACCAAAUCAACUGCUCCAAAGACCCACAGACUAAGAAACUGAAGCUGGAGCUCCAGAAAGCAGCGACCAUCCCCGUCAGUCAGAUCUCCAGUAACUCUGGAUCACAGCUCAGAGAAAUCUUCGACAAGAUCGACAAGCUGCUGUCAGGACGGCCCGUUAUAUCAGGGGGGAAGUCGGUCUCCACCUCCCAGCAUCCUCAGGGCCUCGACUUUGUCUGCUACAAACUGGCUGAAAAGUUUGUGAAACAAGGAGAGGAGGAGGUGGCGUCCCAUCAUGAAGCUGCGUUCCCCAUCGCUGUCGUGGCCUCUGGCAUCUGGGAGCUCCACCCCCGGGUAGGAGACUUCCUCCUUGCCCACCUGCACAAGAAAUGUCCGUAUGCCGUGCCGCAUUACCCCCCGAUGAAGGAGGGCACACCUGUGGAGGAGUACCAGAGGAUUCUCGGUUACCGUGUGGACGACUCCGGGGUUGAAGGUCAGGAUAGUUUCCUAAAGAGGAUGUCAGGGAUGAUCCGUCUUUACGCCGCCAUCAUCCAGCUCAAGUGGCCGUACAGCACCAAACAAGGGUCUCCUCACAGUCUGAACCACGGCUGGCGUUGGAUCGCUCAGAUGUUGAACAUGGAGCCCAUCGCUGACAUCACGGCGACGCUGCUGUUCGACUUUCUGGAGGUGUGCGGUCACGCUCUGGUCAAACAGUAUCAGUAUCAGUUCUGGAAGCUCAUCCUGCUCCUCAAAGAGGAAUAUUUCCCCAGGAUCGAAGCGGUGACCAGCUCAGGACAGAUGGGCUCUGUCAUCAGACUCAAACAGUUCCUAGAGACGUCUCUGCAGAGCCGACAGAUCAGCCCACCUAAAGGUCAGCUGAGCUCCACCUUCUGGAGGACGUGAUGGAGGAGGAUGAAGACGCUGUGGAGGAAGAUGAAGCAUUCGUCGCUGCUGCACGGCGGCGGCGUUUAGGACUGAAAAAAAAAGCUUAUGUGGUUGGCGGUGCUGAUGUGAGAAACGGUGGAUGAAAGAUGGCCGACUGUAGUCAGAGAUGAGUGAGGAAACAUGGAGGAUGUUUACAGAGCUUUGUGUUAUUUAUCAGAGUUAGAUGAAAAUGGACUGGAGCGCUCAGAGCUAUGAUAAAAAUAAUAAAAAAGCUAGCAGGAUAAUAAGGAAGCCCAUUCAUGCCAAUGUGAUUAAAAAAUGCACUUCACCAUAAAGAGAGCUUUUAUAAUAACGGCAGAAUAAUGAGCAGCUUCUCCUCAUCUCCCUCAGUAGUAACGUGCUUCCUUAAAAUCAAGACUGAUAAAAUAAUGACUUACAAAAUCAAAAUAUUGACUCUUCUUAUUGUAAGUUUAAGAAAUAGUACCGUGAUAUAAAGUCUGUUCACAAAUAACAACCAGGAAUGUUCCAACAACUUCUCAACAUCUAGACCAGGGGUGUUCAAAGUGUGUGAGAGUGAGCCUCCCCUAAGAAGAAAUUAUUCAUUCGGUGGACCCCCACCCACAAAAAAGAAUGCAAACUGAAAAAAAAAUAAUGAUAAUAACAUUUCAAACAUUUAUGUCUAAUCUUUAAAGAUUUUUAACAUUAAUAUAUUUUGGAUAUUUUGGUUUGCAAAGUCCUUAAACAUCUGCCUUUCUGUCUUAUUCUGUUAUAAUACCAUUAAAUUCCCCUUUUUCAAAUUUUUUUGAUUAUUUUACAACUUCUUUUUGCCACUUUUCCCCAUUUUUUCCACUUUUAUCCUAUUUUUGCCCUUUUUCACUUUUUUCCCCGUUUAAGCUACCUUUCAUCAUUAAA